AUGUCUCGGAUGCUGUCGGAGACGCGGGCCGCCUCGGGCGUCCCUGCCCGGCCGGCCACGGUGCUGGGCGCCAUGGAGAUGGGGCGCCGCAUGGACGCGCCCGCCAGCGCCGAGGCCGUGCGCGCCUUCUUGGAGCGCGGCCACACGGAGGUGGACACGGCCUUCGCGUACGGCGACGGCCAGUCUGAGAGCAUUUUGGGAGGCCUGGGCCUCCGGCUGGGCGCCAGCGGCUGCAAAGUAAAAAUUGCUACCAAGGCCAAUCCAUUUUUUGGGAAGUCACUGAAGCCUGACAGUCUCCGGUCCCAGCUGGAGACGUCACUGAAACGGUUGCAGUGCACCCAGGUGGACCUCUUCUACCUACAUUUGCCUGACCACAGCACCCCUGUGGAAGAGACUCUGCGUGCCUGCCACCAGCUGCACCAGGAGGGCAAGUUUGUGGAGCUUGGCCUCUCCAAUUAUGCUGCCUGGGAGGUGGCUGAAAUCUGUACCCUCUGCAAGGCCCAUGGCUGGAUCCUGCCGACAGUGUACCAGGGCAUGUACAACGCCACCACCCGGCAGGUGGAAACAGAACUGUUCCCCUGCCUCAGGCAUUUUGGAUUGAGGUUCUAUGCCUACAACCCUUUGGCUGGUGGCCUACUGACUGGCAAGUACAAGUACGAGGACAAGGACGAGAAACAGCCCGUGGGCCGCUUCUUUGGGAAUAAGUGGGCUGAGGUCUACAGGGAUCGCUUCUGGAAGGAGAACCACUUCAAGGCCAUUGCCCUGGUAGAGAAGGCCCUGCAAGCUGCUUAUGGCCUCAGUGCCCCCAGCAUGACCUCGGCCGCCCUGCGGUGGAUGUACCACCACUCCCAGCUCCAGGGUGCCCGUGGGGAUGCGGUCAUCCUGGGAAUGUCCAGUCUGGAGCAGCUGCAGCAGAACUUGGCGGCUACUGUGGAAGGGCCCCUGGAGCCUGCCGUCGUGGACGCUUUUGACCAAGCCUGGCACCUUGUUGCCCAUGAAUGUCCCAACUAUUUUUUCUGGAUCUAGACCUGAAGUGGCAGAGGGACCUUCCCUUGGGUGACCUCUUUCAUUCUCGUACCGCAGCCAUUUUUGCCUUAAGUGCUUUAGCUUGUCCUUUCCUCAUCACCCUCGUUCACAAACUUUAUUUUUCCGUAUUCUUGCAAUGUUCCCUCACAAUGUGGAAAGGCUGGGGCUGAGCCCUACCUGGGCACUUCCUAUCUGAAUAAAGCAGGCACUGGCCUGGUUGUAGGCCAGGCCUGGAGCGAACCUGG